CCUGAGCCUGGACUUCUGCAUCUGGGGUCUGGCUGCAAAUGGGUGCCAAGGGCCAUGCCAUCUCUGGCAGUUUGCGGGGUCUGGACUUGGUGGUACAGCACACGUGCUUGCAAACUGCAAACCGUCUUACUUGUAUUUUGUAUGCAUGGGUUUAUAUGUAUUUAUAGGUGUGGUGGGGAAUGAAAAUGGGGUCCUUUAAUUGCCCCAUGGGUGAAAACCUGGGGUUCGAUGUUUGAUCAGAAAGACAGGGAAAGACAGACGCAGAAAUCAUCACACAUGGAUUUAGCUGCCUGAAGCCCUGCAAAACCCUGGGGGCACCUUCUUUUCCCCAAAGAACUCGUUUGAAGUGGAGAAGCCCUGGGCAGGCAGAGAGAUGGUUUGACCCUUUCCCUCCCUGCAGUUAGCCCCUGCAAACUCCCCUCCCCUGCCAACUGCUUUUGCCCCAGGGGUUCUAGACAUGAUAUGUCUAGAACCUGCAUCACAAGUGGAUGUCUGGAACCUGGGGUGGGGUGGGGAUAGUGUGUUGAGGGGGGCAGAACUUUAGGGAGAAAGCAGCAACAGGUGGGGGGAGGCUCACAGCUUCUCCACUUCAAAUCAUCCCUUAGAAAUACGGGGGGGGGCUCUGAACAUGGGGUCCCACUCAGAAUGUCACAGACAAGGGGCACUCCAGUGUUGUGGCUUGACUUCCUGGGCAACUUUCUUUCCAGAGGGAUAGAAUGCAACAGAGCAAAGGGUCAAACUGCUGGGGGUACAGGCUGAGCCGGUGCUCAACACCCUCUCAACACAUUAUCUCACCUACUUGCAGGGACGAAUCAACACCAUGGGAGACACCAGCAUGUGGACCAGGCCACCUUCCAGACUCUGGCAUCUCCAACAGAUGGCCCCCCUGCACCGCCACCUCCUAAGCCUGGCAAGUGCCCGAGAAGACCUCCGGGGACCAGCUCCUCCUCUAUGCGCUCCUACUGCGCCUCGGAUGAGACCUGCCCAGGACCCGAAAAGUGUUGCCCCACCAGAAAAGUAUGGAAAUGUCUCCUUCCGGACACAGUGCACCCCGGCUACUGUCCCCAGCCAGAAGGCGGCGCCGUCUGCUCGGAGGACUGUUCCGGGGACGCCCACUGUGCCUGGGAUGAGAAGUGCUGCAUGGAGAGCUGUCUCCGAAGAUGCACCAGAGCAGUUCCAGCCACGCCUGGCGUUUGUCCCAAGCAACGGGUGGUGGCAGCACCUUCAUGUGGAAGCAAGUGCAAGGAUGACCGAAGCUGCCCUCCUGGGCAGAAGUGUUGCUUCACGGGCUGCAGCCUGGAGUGUGUCCCCCUUGAGGCGGACGACCCCCAGCAGCACGGCGGGCAGGGCCAGGGCCAGAGCACACCCUCGCCAGACGGGCAGGUCACCCAAAGAGGAGGUAUCUGCCAGCUCCCACCAGAUAAAGGAUUUGGUGAUGCCUUCAGGACUCGCUACUUCUACAAUGCCACCUCCAGAACAUGCGAGAAGUUCUUAUAUCGAGGACACGGAGGCAACGCCAACAACUUCCAGAAGAAAGAUGCCUGCCUCCAGCGCUGUGCGGGUCACAAGAAACCUGGGACGUGCCCAGCUGCAGCUCCCCUGGAGGACAUUGAGCCCUGCUUUGGCGCAUGUUCCACGGACAGCAGUUGCCCAGGCACACAGAAGUGCUGCCGAAUUUCCUGUGGGAAGGCCUGUCUCGAGCCUCUGCGACAAGAGAAACCUGGGAAGUGCCCAGCUGCAGCUCCCCCUGAAGACAUUGAUCCCUGCUUCAGCCGAUGUUCAACAGACAGCAGUUGCCCAGGCACACAGAAGUGCUGCCAAAUUUCCUGUUGGAAGGCCUGUCUCGAGCCACUGCAUCAAGAGCGGCCUGGCAGAUGUCCCGUGCUUCCUCAGAAUACCUCCACAAUAUGCAUCGUAAGGUGUAAAAAUGAUAGUAGCUGCCCUCAGCCCCAGAAGUGCUGCAACUAUGGCUGCAUGAUAGACUGCUUCGACCCUGUCCAAGAGCGGCCUGGCAGAUGUCCCGUGCCUCCUCAGAAUACCUCCACAAUAUGCAUCGUAAGGUGUAAAAAUGAUAGUAGCUGCCCUCAGCCCCAGAAGUGCUGCAACUAUGGCUGCAUGAUAGACUGCUUCGACCCUGUCCAAGUGAACCAGGACAGAGGACCAGAACCGGGAACAGGAGCAGUCCAGCCUGGCCAGGUUGGGCAGAUAGGCUGACCCACCAGCCUAUCCCUGGCAUCUUGGGAGUCAAAGCGCCAACCUGCUGAGCCCAGCCCUCUUCCCUGCCCUUUCCCCUGAUGGAGACGGCUGUGCUGCCUUCUUUCCUUCUCUACAAUAAAUGCAUC